AUGGAAGGAGCUAUGUCUGAAAGAGAAAGCAGAAAGUUAAGAAGAGAUGCUAUAAGAGACCAACUACAAACAAGAAAUGAACAAGAGAUUAGAAUGCCUUCAAAUAACUAUAGAGCAAAUACGAACCAGCACGAAGCAGAAGAUAGUGACAGAGAUAGACAAGGCAGUUAUACUAGAAUAUUACAGUCAAAUGGCACAAUUAAUCAAGCAUACAGAAGAGCCGAUGACAGUUCAGAACAAAAUAGCAAUAUGGUAUCGAGAACGCCAGAUUAUGAGAACAGAGAAAUACUACAGGAUAGGGCAAACGUUAGUACGAGAAGAGAAAAUACAUCUUUAAAUGGAAAUUUAGUAGGAAGAAGAAAAAGCGUUUCAUUUGACAUUGAUAGACAAGGUAUCAAUGCUGACCAACCAGAAAGUUCAGAUGAAUUCCAGACGCGUGAUAUUGAUUAUAGCAGCAUAGACUUAUCACAAGAAAUGAUGGUUCUAGAUGAAAAGUUGGAGGUCUUAAGACAACAAAACGCUGAUUUGCUAAGCCAAAACAAUAGCGGAAACCUAGAAGCAACAAGUGAUUAUUCAAAGAAAGGUUCGUCAAGAAAUACUGGUACACAUAGUCCUUCGGUUGAAGAGUACAAAGACAGUGAUAAACAUAGAAUGCAAAGUAGUACUAGAAACGAAAACACAAACGUUAAGAUAGUUCCAGAAAAGACAGGGAUAUCGAACAGAUUUAUUUACAUGGAUGAGAUAUCAGAUAUAGACAAAGACGAUUUUGGACAAAUUGGUGGUGCCGAUAAAAGAGAGUACAGAUAUAACAAACCUAAAGAUAAUUUCGUCAGUGAACCAUAUUUUGAAGCUGAUACUCAUAUAAAUGAUGGGAGAUUCUCCACAUAUUAUAGACGGAGGAAUUACGAAGAUGUUAUCCCAGAUUCAACAGAUAUGCAUGAACACGUACAUGGUUAUACAGGAAAUUACGGGGAUAUCAAACUUGAGGAUUAUAGAGGGAUUAGAAAUGACACUGUUAAACCAAAGAUUGAACGUCGAUGUACCGACGCAACAUAUAAUAUUGUUCCAGAAGAAUAUAGAGAGUAUCACCCUAGAGGACAACAAUGGAUGGAAGAAGAAAGAGUGAGAUUUGAGACAGAAAGAGAACAAAAACUGUUACAAAAAUUAUACGAACAAAACAGACAGAUAGAAUACGAGAGAGAAAUAAAGGAACAGGAAGAAAGACAAUUAGUAGAAAGAAUUCGUAGACUGCAAAUAGCGAAGGACGAAUUAAGCCAGAAGAGAACGGAACGAGAAAGGCUUGAAAAAGAAAUUCAGAAAAAGAUGGAACUCGAAAGUCUGAGAACACAAAGGAUUGUGAUAUUAAAACGUCAAGAAGAAAGAUUAUCAGACCAAGUUGGAGAAAAUAUAAGGAGAAAAGAAUCCAUUCAUGAUGACACAGAGAAGGAAAGCACACAAUUCACAAAGGUAGAACAAAACAGUAAUCGAAGUGGAUUUGGAAAACCAAAAAUUCCUCAGUUUGAUGGAAAUGAUUUCAAAGUUUGGAAGAUAGAGGUGGAAUGUAUCAUUAAGAGUGGAAUCUACCCAGAGUAUUUGAUAGCGCAGACAAUAAGAAAUUCUUUGAAGGGUCAUACAAGAAAGGUUCUUUUGACAAUAGAUCCAAUGGCUAGUUCUGCAGUUAUACUCAAGAAGUUAGAAGACAUAUACGGCACUACGCAAACUGAAGACUCAAUAAUGCAGGACUUCUUCAAUGCUAAGCAAGAUGAAAAAGAGACCACAUCUGACUGGGCACUAAGGCUAGAAACAAUUAUGCAGCUAGCAGUAGAGACCGGUGAAAUACCUGAAAGAAAGAAGAAUGCCUUGUUAAAACAAAGGUUCUGGAAAGGUUUGAAGAGUGAAAAGCUCCGUAACAAUACUCGAGUUACAUACGAAUCUGAUGCGACAUUUGAAGUGCUACGUAAGAAGGCUAGAGUAGAAGAAGAUGAAAUUAAAAGAACGUCAUCAGACACAAGAAGUGUGAAGCCAGUAAACACACAGACUACAGAAGUGAAUGUUAGCAAAGAAACACAAGCAUGUCAACGAGGCGAAAUACAAAUGCAACAACAAAGCAUGAAAACAACAUCGUUUUAUAUGGACAAACAAAUGAAUAUGAUGCAAUCACUCAUGGAUAAGAUGAAUAGAUUAGAACAAGAGAUAUCUAACAUUAAGAAAGGUGGAAUAGAAAACUCCAAUAAAGGUUACACUAGAGAUGCACGUUACUUUGAAAAUCCAAAUAGAGGAAACUACUUUAGAGGCAGAAGACAGUAUUCUGGUGACUUCUAUGGGCCACCAGGACGACCAUAUUAUAUGGAGUAUUACGAUAGACAAGACCACCGACAGAAAAUACCACCUAAAUCACAAAAAGAAAGCAACCAAGACAGAAAGGAUGAUAGAAAGAAACCAGAAGGAAAACCAGCAGAAAAGGAUCAAAAAGAAAAGCCAGUUAAGGACGAUUUAAACUCUUAA